CUAACUUCGAUUCCAGUGUGCCGCGCAGUGUGCGCAAAUCCAUAAAUCUGCUUGUAGAAUUGGUGGUUUCUGGAUCCCAGGGGUUGAAACCUGGCGGGAACAUCCUCUUCAGCCUCAAAAGAUGACAGCCCACAGACAGGCUCAACUCAAGCCUCAUUUCCUCCAGAAGGCUGCCUUGAAUCGCCUCUCCCCAGGGCACAGUCAGGAGAGCCUUGGCUGUACUCCUGGGAUACCUGUGGCACCAUCUGUCCUGGCCAGACAGGCCUGUCUCCCUCAGAACCAUGAACUCUCCCAGGACCCCCACCCCAGCCGGGUCGGACCCCCUUUCUCUGGUGCAGGCCUCACUAGAGCUCCGAGGCUGCGAAUGCGGCGGGGGAACCUAGUGUGGGCGGAACUCGAGUGCAGCGGCGGGAGGCUUCCGGGGGAGCCGCAAGGGCAACGGGUCGGCGGAGGCAGAAAAGCGUCGGACGCCGGGCCGAUCAUGGACGCUUGACAACCUGCGGGCAGGCGCCGGGAGGCCAAGCCAGCGACCGAGAGGACAGAGAGGCGGCCGAGGACAGAUCUCAAGGCCAGAGAAUGGCAGGUGAACAGAAGCCCUCAAGUAACCUCCUGGAACAGUUUAUCUUACUAGCCAAAGGUACCAGUGGUUCAGCCCUCACUGCUCUCAUAAACCAAGUUUUGGAGGCUCCUGGAGUAUAUGUCUUUGGAGAACUGCUGGAGCUGGCCAAUGUGCAGGAGCUUGCAGAAGGAGCAAAUGCAGCUUAUUUGCAGUUGCUGAACCUGUUUGCCUAUGGAACAUACCCAGAUUACAUAGCCAACAAGGAGAGCCUGCCAGAACUGAGCACAGCUCAGCAGAACAAGCUGAAACACCUUACCAUCGUGAGCUUGGCGUCGAGGAUGAAGUGUAUCCCCUCCUCCGUGCUACUGAAGGACCUGGAGAUGCGGAACCUCCGGGAACUGGAGGACCUCAUCAUCGAGGCAGUCUACACUGACAUCAUCCAGGGCAAGCUGGACCAGCGAAACCAGCUGCUGGAAGUGGAUUUCUGCAUUGGCCGUGAUAUCCGGAAGAAAGAUAUCAAUAAUAUUGUCAAGACCUUGCAUGAAUGGUGUGAUGGCUGCGAGGCAGUCCUGCUGGGCAUCGAGCAGCAAGUUCUGAGAGCCAACCAGUACAAGGAGAACCACAGCCGAACUCAGCAGCAGGUAGAGGCUGAGGUUACCAACAUUAAGAAGACCCUCAAAGCUACCGCGUCCUCCUCUGCUCAGGAGAUGGAACAGCAAUUGGCCGAACGAGAGUGUCCCCCUCACGCCGAGCAGAGGCAGCCCACUAAGAAGAUGUCCAAAGUGAAAGGUCUGGUCUCCAGCCGCCACUAGGGCCGGCUGGGGCAGCUGGCACUCACCAGGCCUGGGUCAGGUGGGGAGGGGACACCGAGGGCCUGCUUCCUCCCCUCUCCACCUUCCGUGAGUUCCAGACCUGCCCGUCCCCUCACCAGCGCCUCCCCCCUCGUUGGUACUGUUCCAGAAGAACCGUUAAGUCCCUCCCCACCAACCCACCGCCCCUGUCCCCAGUUGCUCCCUUCAGACUCAGGGGCUCCAUGGAUGCCAUCCCAACAGGGCCGACACUGCCCAGCUUCCCUCCAGGAGGUUCUUGUCUCUGUCUAAGGGCUUGUCUCCCUCCUAGUUUUCCCUUUGCUUCGUGUCAUUUUGUCAGGCUGUUCAUAAGCCAGAAGCAGCUUUAACCGGCCCACAGGGAUGGGUGCUCUCUGAAUGGGGGGGCCUUCCUUCUCCAACCCCUUGUACACAGUACCCACAGAGGUGCGGGCGCUCUCUAGUAGCCAGGGAUCAAAAUGCUUCGUUUUCCCUCUCCUGCCUUACCCCUUGUUGGCAGCUCCGAUCAGGCCAUGGAGGGAUGCUGAUGCUGGGCUGUGUUUACUAAACCUACGGGUUUUCAGCCUCUUAACGCCCAGCUCCAAUCUCUCAUUAGUUGGGAGCACUGGGCUGUCUUUACCCCUGGGAUCUGAGCACCAGUGGUGGGUUGCCAUGGGUCUGCUGGGUGGCAGAAGUCUCUUCCGGCUGGUGUUCUUUGCUGGCUUCGCUCCCUGCUGCCUUUUGACUACUCAGACUGGCCUUUGGUGUGAAGGCCCCGGCUGCCCAUGGGGGCUGUCUGCCAGCAUUCGCUCUCCCGAGAUCUUUAAUUCCUCCCGGCUGCAUCCAUGGUGGGGAUGGUGUGUCGCGGCCCCUCUGGUGAAGGAUUUGUUGCUGCUUCUGUUUCUUUCUUCCCACCCUCCCUGGCUGGUGACCCAGAGCCCUCUGAUGAUGGCAUUCUCCUGGCAAGAGAAAAGGACUUGACUAGUAGCCUUUCUGAACUUGAACAGUUUCAGGUUAUAUUUUAAUUUUUUUUUUUUGUACAGGUUCUGAUUCUAAUACAUUUCAACAUGCCUUUUUUCCCCCUCGUGUCAAUAUUUGUUAUAGACUGAUCGCCGGGGAUUUUCACCUGGUUGGAGGGUGGUGUGUGUGUAUGUGUGUGUGUGGUGGUGUUUGUUGGAUUUUUUUUUUAAGGGGAGGUGGAGGUCCUGGGGCGAUAUUAAAGAGAGAAAAAGCACAUUUUAGAACAAAAAAUAAAUGUAGAUUUAAUGUACAUGACUGUAAAAUGUGGGGUUGCGUAGCUGGUGGGUCUCGAGGGGCUGGAAUUAGAGGGUUCAGGGAACAGGUGAUACUGUUUCAGUGCCAUGGUAAAAAACAGAUCUCUCCUUUUUCCAAAAUGUCCAGCAGCUGCCUACCAUUGAUUGAAUGUUAACAAAGUGUUCUUGUUUCCUUUCUUAUAAUCCAUGUCCCUGUAUUACAUGCCCAGCUGGAGGGUUUAAUUCCCAAAGUAUGUUUCAUGAAACCCUUUGGUAGAUGCUCUGUGGAAAGGGGGUUCUGUUGUUAAAUAAAUCUGGCACAUCCUGCAUCCCA